UCGUUGAAUGUGUGAAGGAAAUAGGGGAAAUCGACGUGUGAAAUGCGCUGUUUAUGGGUGUGAAAUCUGAAUUUUAUUUUCUUUUCGGGUGUUUAUUCGCGGAAUGGAUCUUUCCAAGCAGUCUGGCGUCGUGACAGAAUCAACACUCUCAGCGUGUGUCAGAGUUCCGUUUCCGUCUGAACGAGAGGCAGAGAUAGCGUACAACUCCCUUCGCGUAGAUCCUGAGCCAAAGAGGUCCAUGUGCAGCAAGAAAAUGACAUUGGAUGCGUGUGUGCUCCAAGUGGAUUUCUGCGCCAAGGAGGCGCGACAGCUGCGUGUAGCCCUCAACUCCUUUUUCGACUUGCUGCUCCUAGCCACAAGCACAAUGGACCGUUUUGGACCGGCCGCCUGACCCCUAGGCGCUCCCAGGAGCUCUUCCCAGGGACCGCCACUGUCACCCAAGAUGGCCAUCCGCACGCCGGCACCGUUGCCCAGCCGAGCCAUCUACGGCUACGUUCUAUUCGUGGCAUGCUACCUCGGACUCGCAUUGUACCUCUUCUGGGCCUACGUCCCUGGUGCGUGGUUGCGAGCCGUGGGCAUCACUUACUUUCCCGACAAGAUGUGGGCGCUGGCCCUGCCCGCAACCAUCGUGGGGGCUGUGGUGCUUUUUGGGACGUGUCUCUACCCUGGAAUCAUCCUGCUGGCCACCCCGCGUCUCGAUGACGUCAACACGGUUACUGACAGUCACGCCGUGUACGUCUACCAGAAGCCCGUACCUGCGGGGGCCAUACCUCCGAUACGGGACGUGCACAUAUUGGAAGCAUGCAGAAAACUUUACAUGAACGACUAGAAAGAUAAAAAACACUCCCUGUUGCACAUUUCAUGUGAUGUGGGACAAUCUUGUAAGCUGCUUUCGAACGAUAACAUCUGUCAAGAGACUUCAGUGUGAGUGUGUAACCAAAUUCAAACUGGUUCGGCACAUAAAUUUAAUUUUACGCAUG